AUGCUACACAACCUGAACCCGAAUAACUACGACAUCGCAAUAAUUCAAGAGCCCUACCUGAACCCAGUCAACCUCGCACCAUCCUCCUCAACAUGGGACAUUAUCUACCCUUCGAUUCACGGGGACAACGGAGCAGAACGCACGAACUCCAUCAUCCUCGUCAACAAAAGGUUCUCUAAAAACACAUGGAAAAUUAUCCCAUUCAAGAACAGCAACAUCACCGCCAUCGAACUGCGAGGUGACUUCGGUAGAAUCUCUAUUUUCAAUGUUUAU